AUGAAUUACGAGUUUGAGCGUGAGACGGGUUUCAUCAAUAGUCAGCCAUCGCUCGCGGAGUGCCUUACUUCUUUCCCCCCUGUUGACGACUUAUUUCAGAAGUCAUCAAUCAAAAGCUCAGCGCGCACGAACCUUCACCCUCUUGUCCUACCUCCUUUCGAGCACACCAUCCCAAGCUUGAGUCUCGGAACUCAUUCACGCCAUGCAGGGCCCCGGCACAGCUUAGAUGGGGGAAGCCCACUACACGCCAAUUCUCUGACCCCGGAAUACCCGUGGAUGCGCGAAGAGAAAACCAACAAGAGAAACUGUCCUCUUAUACCAACCGGCUCCUUGACUCCUACAGCGGGAGUCAUUUGCUUCUCUCCAAAAGGCUCACCCGAGCUUCCCGAGGGCGGUUUGUCUAGUGGAGAAGGAGGUUCACGCCGCCUGAGAACAGCAUACACAAACACACAGCUUUUAGAGCUAGAGAAGGAGUUCCACUACAACAAAUACCUUUGCCGACCGCGCCGUGUGGAAAUAGCGGCGCUUCUCGAACUUACAGAACGCCAGGUCAAAGUGUGGUUCCAGAACCGACGGAUGAAGCAUAAACGCCAGACCCAGAUUAAAGACAUCCACGGGGAGCUAAGCAAGACAACUGUCGGCGAGGAUAAUGGUGCACAGAGCGACGAGGACGCUUCGAUUUGUGGCUUGAGUCAUGGUAGAUUAGAUAAGAGAGUCGAACUCUUUUCAAAACGACCUGUCAACAGUCUCUGGGCAGUCCUGUAAUGAUAACGACAUGCAAACUUUUGAAAUGUUUUCUAACAGCUUUAUGAAAAGAAGUCUAAAAUAUGUUUCCAGUCAGUCACCUACUGCUCUGGGCAAGGGGACAAUAAUAUGCAGUAGUAACCGAUGUGCCAGUUCGGACAAUUGCGGUUCCCCGCAUGUUAUGGACAUGUCUGUGCAGGAUUUAAACUUUUUUUCGACCGACUCAUGUCUGUCUGAUGCAGCUUCGCCAGCACUGUACAAGUCUCUGGAAAGCCCAGAUGAUGUAUCAACAGACUUUUAUUUCUUUAAGGAUUCUCUGACUACAGCUGAUUUACAAAAUGCAAACUACUGAUUAU